GGAAAGCCAAGAGGUUUAAGAACUGCUCGCAAACUCAAAAAUCACCGCCGAGAGCAAAGAUGGCACGACAAAAAUUACAAGAAGGCCCAUUUGGGAACAGCUCUUAAGGCUAAUCCCUUCGGUGGUGCCUCUCACGCCAAAGGAAUCGUUCUUGAGAAAGUGUAAGUUGUUAUAGUUGUUGUUUCUUCAUGUCCUUGCUUCAUUCUUGUGCAUAUUAAUUUCGAUGAGAAGGAAGACCAAGAUGUAAGACUUGAGAGAAGUGUGGACUAUUACGAGUAAAUUGAGGAUUUAUUUUUGAGCUAUUUUUUUUCGCAGUCGAAAUCUCGACUUUUUAGCCGUUUAUAACCAGUACAUAUUUAUCCUGUUUCAAUAUGCUAUGAUUAAAAUCUUUGUUUUACUUCAAACCAAUUUCCAAAGGCGUGUAUUGACACAAGUCUAACUAAUCAUUAGUGGCUAUGAUUUUCACUAGCGACUGAGCCCGAGUCGGAGUCGAAAUUAUAAGCGUAGAGCUUAUAAUCUAGUGAAAACAGCGUUCUGAUGCCGCUCAUGAUUCUGUCACUUAUGUUCCGCUUGUGAUCUAGUGAAAACCAGAUUGUCGGAGUUGGAAGCAGAAGCAGAAGCAGAAGAACCAAACCAAUCACAAAGUGUGGGAACAUGCAUUGUGAUUGGUUUAUACUUCUGACUCCAACCACCCUCUAGAUUGUCAAAAUGAUUUAACCAGGGGCAUGAUCUGACUAGGGUGAACCACACACCUGCAGUUUUUAUGAUAAUAUAACAGAACAAUAGAAGGCUGUGUGUUUUUCUCUUCCUUUGGUAUUUUUCUUGUAUAGACUGUAAAGAAAUAGUUUUAGGGUGUCAGUUUUAAUGUCUUUGAAUAAGAAUGGAGUGAUGCCCGAGGUUAGAGUCACUGGGCUGAGGCACUCCAUGACUGCCCAGUGCUAUUUCCUCGAAAAACAAAGUGUGUUCAUAUUCACUGGGUGGCCUGUGACAGUCAUGCCGAUAAUUCAGAUUAACCCAGUCACCUGCUCACAGACAUUUUGGACAUUAAACUAAGAGUGGUUUGGUUAGUGCAGGCCUUGUGGUCUGAGGAAGCACAUGUAUUUUGAUUAACUAAGAAUAACUUCUACUUGCAUUGCUUACUUUUCUUUAAUUUACAUUGUUUAGUGUUAAUAUUGGCAAAUUUAUGUUACCUAAGUCUGUUAAGCUGUUUCUACAGUAGGGCUGUUGCUAAAUUUCAAGUUGCCAGGUGUAUGGGAAUUAAAUAGCUACAAGGUUCUUUUCAUGCUGUUUCUAUUUUGUUUCCUAUGAUAGUAGUGGGGUUCAUGCUUAUAAGACAGUGGAACCUCAAUGUAACAAACCUCCAUAUAACAAGUCAAAUAAUUAGUCAGUAUAACGAACAAGAUUUUCUUCCACAGUAGUCGUAAACUAUAUGGAAAAGAAGCUUAAUAUAAUGAAACCUUGUUUUAGCAAAUUAUUUUGCCAGGCCCUUGACCUUUGUCAUUUUCUAGGGUCCACUUUAGCAGGAGGAAAUCUCCUGUCCUCAGCCUUUAAUGACAGUCCCUUACAAUUUGCCUUGCCGAUGACACAUUUUUAUAUUUCAACUGUGGCUUUUGUGACUUUUCACAGAGGUGUUGAAGCCAAGCAGCCGAACUCUGCCAUCCGAAAGUGCGUGCGUGUACAGCUUAUUAAGAAUGGAAAGAAGAUCACUGCCUUUGUGCCUAAUGAUGGUUGCCUUAAUUUUAUUGAAGAAAAUGAUGAAGUUUUAAUCUCUGGUUUUGGCAGAAGAGGUCACGCUGUUGGUGAUAUCCCUGGAGUGCGAUUCAAGGUUGUGAAGGUUGCCAACGUGUCACUUCUUGCUCUGUUCAAGGAGAAGAAGGAACGUCCUCGAUCUUAA